UAUGUUCUAACAUUUUUGCGCUGUUGUUUUUUUUUACCUUUGCGGUUGUGUGAUUUUGUAAUUUUGGAAUUGGAGGUAUUGCCAAAACCCUAGAUCUUGCGUUUUUUGUUCCGGAUCUUGGGGUUUUUGGCGCUUCGUAUUCGAAAUUUGUGGUUUUGGGGCUGAGGACGGACGGGUUCGUUUAGGUUUUGUGGCGUACUGAGUGAGAUCAGGGAGGACUAAGGUUCGUUCGAUGGCUUCGAAUCCUCCAUUUCAGGUGGAGGAUCAGACGGAUGAGGAUUUCUUUGACAAAUUAGUUGAUGACGACGACGAGUUUAAGGCUACUGCGUCGUCCGCAGUUAGUUUUGCCGAUGGGAAUGAUUCAGAUGAAGCGAAAGCGUUUGCAAAUUUGAGUGCAGGUGAGGUUGCUGCCGGGUCUGAAGAUUCCGGCGAUGAAGGGCGGAGUAAAGCUAAUAAGGGUGAGGAUACUCGUGGAAAUGUUAAUGCUGUCUCUGUAGAUGGGCAUGUUGGGGAGAGUACUUCAGUGGCGUCUUGCAAUUCAUUCGCAAUGGAUGGGCAUGUUGAAGAGGCUACUUCACUAGUGUCAUCCAGUUCUUUUGGGUUUGAUAAUGUGAUUGACUCCAAUGACAGGGCAAUUGUGACGGAGGGCACUUCAGACUCAACGAUUAGCAAAAGGAAUGGAUCUGUAGAUUCAGGUGUUAAGGAGGUGCAAUGGACUGCAUUUAACACAGAUUCAGGUCAGAAUGAUGGUAACGGGUUUGGAUCGUAUUCUGAUUUUUUCACUGAAUUAGGAGAUGGUGCUAUUAAUCCAACUGUGAAGGUGAAUGAUAAUUCGUAUCUGUCAAACCCUGACCAAUCCGCCACAGGCAAAACCCUAGAUCACGCUGCUGCCGCCCACCGUAAGCACGCUGCAAUGCUCGAACGCCUCUCCAACCGCAAGCAAUCUGCCGCCCCUCGCAGCAACUCCGACGACUCCUUCGAGUCCACCAACUCCUUCCUCUCUCGCUUCUCCCAAUCGAAGCUUUCCAUCGACUCCGACCUUUCUCACUGUUCCUCCAAGCCCGACCUCGAGCGCGUCUCUGCCUCUAUCUCCGACCUCGAAAACCUUGUCGCUCAGAAUUCUUACUUCUUGCCUUCUUACGAACUCCGCUCUUGCCUCAAAUCCAUAUCCGAUCUCAAACAAUCCAUCGAAAAUGUCUCCUCUCAAAUCGUCCCCAAGAAACGCUUCGCUUUCAAGAACAAAAAGACUUCUUCGACUCCAACUCCAAACGAGGUAUCUCUGCCCACCGAGUCCCCAAAACCGAGUUUUGUAGUUUCCCACUCGCCUGGGUUUAGGGAUAUGGAAAAUGAGCUUCUGGUGAAGGAUUUCAAGGGGUUGGAGAUGGGCGAGUUUUCGAUAUCCAAUUUGAGCUCUUGCGAGGUACGAUUGACAGGUUGUUUGAGGGCGCUUUUCGUUAACCGAUUAAGGAAUUGUAGAGUGUUUACGGGGCCGGUUCUCGGUUCGGUUCUGAUCGAAGAAGUUGAGGGGUGUAUGUUGGUGUUGGCUUCGCAUCAGAUUAGGAUUCAUCACGCCAAGGGAAGUGAUUUUUAUCUCAGGGUGCGGAGUCGCCCCAUAAUUGAGGACUGCAGCGCCGUAAGGUUUGCGCCGUAUUGUCUGAGCUAUGAUGGGAUUGAGAAAGACUUGAAGGAGUCCAAUCUUGAUGAGGAAACUGGAAAUUGGGCGAAUGUGGAUGAUUUUCGGUGGCUCAAAGCUGUUCAGUCUCCAAAUUGGUCAGUUUUACCUGAAAAUGAACGUAUUGAUAGAAUAACUAUCUCAAAUUUGGACAAGUAAACUCUCCGGACAUUGUAUUACUGUAUUUUUCUCUCAAUGAAUUCUUUUUGCAUUGCAUCA